AUGACAGGUGCCAUCAGCAGAAUGAGUACCCGACAAACUACCUCCACCGAUGGAAACGACACAGACUGCUCAUCAGCUUCAGGAAGCAGCAAGCGCCGAAUUGGUCGGCCGCCAGGCAAGAAAUCGCGACAAAACAACGCAGAUGACGAUGAGGAAGUAGAAAACGACCAAAUCAGCUUGCCUGGGUAUAACAUCGAAUGCAAUAUUGAUCACUCACGUAGAGGAACAGCAAUAGCACUGAAGGACCACUUGCGUUUCUCGAACGUCGAGAGGAGCCUCGACGGACGACUGAUCGCGCUUCGGCUGCAAAACACAACCAUUUGUAAUGUAUACGCUCCAUCUGGCAAGGCCCUGCGAGCGGAGAGAGAACGCUUCCUGAAUAGUACUCUCGCUUACUAUAUCCGUCAUCCAACGGAACACACAGUGAUAGGAGGUGAUUUCAACUGUGUUGUGCGGCGAUGCGAUUCGACUGGAAAUAAUCACAGCCCCGCGCUCUCUGCAUUUGUGCAGCAGCUUAACCUGCUCGAUGUUUGGGUACAGCUCCGUCCAACCAUCCCUGGCUACACCUAUAUUACACACAACUCAUCAUCUCGACUAGACCGCAUUUAUGUCAGCCAAAGUCUACAAGCUGUAUUCAAUGAUUUCCAUCAGCAACAUCAACGCUUAUACAGAGAACUGCGGCAAGCGUACGAUGGCUACUUUCAGAACCAAGAAAUGUUAUCCACAAUUAACCGUGUCAAGGCAAAAAUGUUGACCCUACAGCGCAAUUUCACACAGGCGAUAAUGCGCACCAAUGAGUCAUUCAUAGCGGGGGAACCAAUUUCGAUGUUCCAGCUUGGCAACAGACGCAGGAAAAAAACAAAUAUUACACAGUUACGCGACGAAGAAAACCAACUCAUCGACGACUCUACCGAAAUUGAACGGCACAUGCUACGCUUCUACCAAUCACUUUAUGCAGCGGGUGAGACGGAAGAAGAUGCGGAGAACAUAUUCGAAUGCGAGAGAGUGAUUCCAGAGAACGAUCCGGUAAGUGAGUCUUGCAUGCACGAAAUAACAGCGGCAGAAAUCUUCACUGCCAUCAAGUCCAGCAGCCCGAAUAAAUCUCCUGGUGGAGACUCCCUACCCCGAGAGUUUUAUCUCAAAACAUACGACGUUAUAUGGAGAGAGCUAACCCUUGUUAUAAACGAGACACUGUCAGGAAACUUUCCGCCAGAAUUUGUUGAUGGUGUGAUCGUGCUUGUCAAAAAGAAAAGUAACAAUCAAACAGCGAGCUCUUACAGGCCGAUCUCACUAUUAAAUUUUGAUUAUAAAAUUUUAUCUCGUAUUCUGAAGCAGCGUCUAGAGAGUGUUAUGAGCACCCACCAUGUGCUAACCGAUAGCCAGAAAUGCGCGAAUACUGGCCGAAAUAUUUUUCAGGCCACCCUUGCUAUGAAGGAUCGUAUCGCACGAUUGACCAAAUGUAAACAACGUGGUUUGCUCGCAUCCUUUGAUCUUCGUCACGCUUUCGACGUUGUUGAUCGAACCUUCCUUUUUCGCAACAUGUGCUCGCUCGGCUUCGAACCGAAUCUCGUGCGCCUUCUCAAAAAGAUCGGAGACCUAUCGUCCUCUCGCCUGUUGGUUAACGGGCAUCUAUCAGCAGCCUUUCCAAUCCAGAGAUCGGUCUGCCAAGGAGAUCCUCUCUCCAUGCAUCUGUUUGUGCUCUAUUUACAUCCACUGCUCAAGCAGCUCGACGAGAUUUGUGAGUCUGAUCUUGUUGUCGCAUAUGCCGAUGAUGUAACGGUGAUCUGCACAUGCCUUACUAGAAUGGAGCGGAUAAGAGAAAUAAUACAACGUUUUGAACGCGUCUCGGGAGCAAGAUUGAGCCUGGAGAAAUCCACGUCGUUAUCAGUGGGAUACACCGAUGUCAUGUCACUCACUGUGCCGUGGCUACGAAACGAAAAUACUGUGCGGAUACUGGGAGUGACGUUCGCGAAAUCUAUUCGGCUGAUGAACAAAUUGAAUUGGGAUGCCAUCGUCUUGAGUUUCUCUAGGCAAAUCUAUUUGCACUCACUUCGUACACUCAACCUGAACCAAAAAGUGAUACUUCUCAAUACAUUCAUCACAUCGAAGAUUUGGUAUCUUGCUUCGGUUCUUACUCCGACUGCUGCGCAUACGGCAAAACUUACUGCGACGAUGAGAACCUUCCUAUGGCGUGGUGUUGCGGCAAAUGUACCAAUGCAACAGCUGGCGCGAAGCAAGGAGACAGGCGGUUUGAAGCUACACCUACCGGCCCUCAAGUGCAAAGCGUUGCUACUUAAUCGACAUAUGAGAGGCAUAAAUUCCCUUCCUUUUUAUAUGUCCUUACUUUCUCAAGCAAAUCCCGCCCUUCCCAUAGACUGUCCCUGCCUGAAAUUGAUUCUCAAAAUUCGAACACUCCCUCCACAUAUUCAACAGAAUAUAUCCAGUGAAAUAAUCCACAAUUACUACAUAGAACAAACGGAAACACCUAAGGGGUCUAGUGAGUACCCUACGGCGAAUUGGCGCCUGAUUUGGAAAAAUAUCUCCAUGCGUAGCAUGAAUUCCAGCGAACGGAGUUUCCUGUUUCUGAUUAUCAACAGAAAACUUGAAUGCCGAAAAUUGAUGUUUCGGAUUAACAGAGCCGACGGUAAAAAUUGUCCAUACUGUAAUGUCACUGUUGAGACAUUAGAACACAAACUCAGUGAAUGCACGCGGGUGGAACCAGCCUGGAGAACACUGCAACGGAAAUUGAACGUUCUGUUGAAUGGAUAG